AUGAGUCAUGAUUCUGAUAUGGAUAUGAGCACCCAAACAGAAGUAGACACUGUGAUGGAUGUAGAGGAUAACUCUGCUCCAGCAAUCAUAGACAAAAUUAUAAGAAAUGAUAUGGAUUUAUCAAGUUUCUUUGAAGUGACAAACACAGAAUACUUAAAGGACUUUUUUUCAAGCUUGGAAAACUUUUACGAGUUGGGAUUCAUCGGUGAGAAAGAAAUAAACUUCAUUGUAAAUCGGUUUAUGAGAAUUUUUGAUUUAUCUGUGCAAUUUAAGUAUUUCCCUAAGGAUCAUCUUGUUUGUAAAAUCUACCAACGAAACUUUGAUUUUUGCAUAAUGAUUCCAUAUAAUUUGCUAGAUCAGCGGAUUAUUAUAAAUCCUCAAAUAUCUCGGGAUGAAUACGAGAUUAGUGUCGAGAACUGGCUAACUGAAUUUAUGAUUUCCCAGAAUCCUAAAAAAGUUCUAUCAAAAAAUGCCCUCAAUUCAUAUGAAAAACUCCCGAUUGAUAUUUUUAAGUUCGAUGAUCUCAAGGACAACGGGCGUCUAAUCGGCCAAGGAGGUUUCGGGAAAGUUUAUUGAAAUAUUAUUGAGCCAAAUAAUUUUCUUUAUCAUGAAGAAGGAAUAAAUACGAUUAUUCAAUAUCGUUCGCCAAGAGGAGAAGAAGAAGAAGAAAAAGUUGUUAUUAAAUUGUAUAAAAAGAGCACAGUUAGGAAUGAAGAUCUUGCCUUUAUAAAUGAAGCGAGAUUUCUAAUGGCAUCUAAUCACGAAAACGUGAUAAGAUAUUUUGGAAUUGUAGAACACCAAAAUAUGAUAGGUCUUGUAUUAGAGCAUUGCAGUGAAGGAAGCUUAAAAACAUAUAUUAAAAACUAUGAAGAAGGCAUGGAAAAAAGAAUAGAAUUUGCUAUUGAUGCCACAUGUGGGUUAGCUUUUAUGCACUCGAAAGGAAUUAGCCAUUUAGACAUAAAGCCUGAUAAUAUUUUUGUAUGUGCUAAUAAGCGCUGCAAACUUGGAGAUUUUGGGCUAGCUUUAGGAAAUCUGGAAACUAAUAAAAGGUCUCAUGGAUUUACUAUAAAUUAUGCAGCGCCAGAAAUAUUGCAAAAAGAGCAGUAUACAGAGAAAUCUGAUAUUUGGUCUUUAGGGAUGACACUUUAUUGGCUAUUUUUGAAAAAAUCUCCAUGCGAUUUUAUCAAGGCUAAGAGGCAGACAAAAUUGGAAAAAUUUUCUAUAGGAAAAGAAGAAAUGAUUUAUCAAAUUGUCUAUGAAGGUAACCGGCCACCUAUAGAUAAAAUGUUUGAAGGAGAAUAUCCAGAGCUAGCAAAUCUUAUUAGAAACUGUUGGGAACUUAAUGGAAAUAACCGGCCAACUGCUUAUGAUGCACUUUUAGUACUUCAACAAUCAUAUCAAACUUUAAAAGCGAGAGAAGAAGAAAAGAAAAUGAGUCCUUAA